GGGGCCGGGGCAGCGGGGGCGCCGCGCGGGUCCCUCAGCGGUGUCCGGGGUCAGCUCCGCCCUGUCUCGGGUCCCCUCCGCCCUGUCCCGGGUCACUUCAGCCCUGUCCCGCGUCCUCUCCGCCGUGCGUGUCCCCGCCCCGCGUCCCCUCCGUGCCGUGCCCUCCAGCGGAGCCGCCGCGAUCGCGGCUGGGCUGCAGCGGGGAGGGGGGCGAGGCCGAUCGCCGCCGUGGGGAUGGGCAGAGGCGGCACCGCGCGGCUGCGGGGCCUCCACGCGUGACAGCGGGACAGGGAUGGGCCAUCCACGCGUGAUGCCGGGGCGUCCCGGGACAGCGGAACAGUGGCGCAGCCGUGCGGUGUGACAGCGGGAUGGCCGCGGCUGUAGCGCUGCUGUAGCAUCCGUACCGCUGUGGGACCUGCAUCCACAUGGUGUGACACCGGGCACUGGCCAUGGAGCCGGGCACCAUCGACAACCUGUCCAUCCUGUACCAGAGCUCCGACUUCAUCGUGGUCAACAAGCACUGGGACCUGCGCAUCGACAGCAAGAUGUGGUACGAGACGCUGACCCUGCAGAGCCAGCUCAAGCACCGCUUCCCUGAGCUGGCCGACCCCGACACCUACUACGGCUUCAGGUUCUGCCACCAGCUGGAUUUCUCCACCAGCGGGGCCCUGUGUGUGGCGCUCAACAAAGCGGCAGCGGGGAGCGCCUACAAGUGCUUCAAGGAGCGCCUGGUGACCAAAGCCUACCUGGCCUUGGUGAGGGGCCACGUGAGCCAGAGCCGGAUGACGAUCCGCUACGCCAUCGGGAAGAACACCACGGAGGGCAUGACGCACAUGAUGUGCAUCGAGGGGACAGAGGGCUGUGAGAAUCCCAAGCCGUGCCAGUCAGAGCUGAUCGUGCUGGAACACGGAUUCUAUAGCGGAGACCCCGUCACCAAAGUGCUGCUGCAGCCACUGACAGGGAGGACUCACCAGCUCCGGGUUCACUGCAGCGCCAUUGGCCACCCCAUCGUGGGGGACUUCACCUACAGCCAGAGGCAGGACAGCAAUCCCUAUAGGAUGAUGCUCCACGCCUACUACCUGCGCAUUCCCACCGGCAAGGAGCUGAUCGAGGUGUGCGCGCCUGACCCCUUCGUCAACGCCAUGGACAGCAACUGGGUGCCCCAGCACGUCACCCAGCGGCUGGAGGACAUCAUCCAGGAGCUCAAGGACAAGGGGACGCAGAAGGAGGAGGAGGAGGAGGGCCGGGAAGCCGAGCGUGCUGCCGGAGAGAAGGAAGCGGGGAGUGAAGGCAGGAGGGAGGAGACGGAGGAGCAGCGGGCGCGGUGCGAGCAGUGGUUGGCUGAGUGGGCUCUGGAGUGAGCACAAAGCACAUCCCUGCACUCCAGCUCCAUCCUUGUCCCAGUGGAUCCCCACGGAGCCCAGCGCUGACUCCACACCUGCACUCCCUGUAUGGCUUCCCUCGCUCCUGGGCUGGGAUCAGGCAGAUUUUAGGAGCGGUUGAGGUGGGGUUAUUUUGUAACAUCCGUCAUCCAUCUGGCCACGGGAUGUGCCUUUCCCAGUCCUGGGCCUCAGCAGCACAGUCAGUGUCACAUUCCAGCUUAGAGUGACCCCAAAGCUUUCCAUGCCUGUCCUGGGGCUCAGGCACAGCCAGACACUGCCUUUGCCAUGGACAUUCCCAGAACCCCUCUGUGCUUGGAUGUGGAAUUGCAGCCCAGCACAGGGAGGGGAGAACGUGUUGGGUGCAGCUCUGGUGUCUGUGUCCCCCAUUCCCACUCCCUUCCCUCCAAGCUGCUGUGUUGUGUGGGAGGAGGGAGAUUGGGGGCUGAAGCACAGCUUGGGGACACUGGCAGCCCUGCAGUCCCGGGGUGUCCUGUGGAACUGGACUGGGAUGGGCAUGGAGAGGUCCCUACCCCUCGCCCCCUCCCUCCCUCAGCCCACCUGGGGGUUUUUUAAAGGUUUGGUGAAGGUGAAGGUGUUGAUACCAAUGGAUUUUAAACUUUUUUCAAUUUUCUAGGAAAAGAAUCUAGUCUUUUAGGGUUUGUAAAAUACGGGUGGUCUCAGGAAUGAGGUAUUUUUAGUACUUCUGUGGUUGGAGAGCCAGCAGCCCAAAGCUUUUUUAAUGGAUUUUAUUAUUCCUUCUACUAGCACUGCCUUUCCUGCUUUUAUCCCUGCUGAGACAGGUCAGGGGACACGAGUCCCUUUCUGCUCACCCACAAGAGGAGGGAUAAGUGUCCUGUGUUGGUCCUGUGGGGUGGCUCCUGCCUGGCAGGUUUCCAGAGGGUCCUGGAGGCAGGUCCUUCAGGUGGGCAGUUGGGAAAGCUCUGGAGCAGUAGGAAAAGGAUAAAGCUGAAAGAAAGGCUGAGAACUGAUGGGAAGAGCAGGCAGGAGCUCAGCUUUGACAGAUGCCAAGAAAUUUCCUUGGAAGUGCCCUUGCUUUGCUGGUCAUCCUGCUUUGCUUUCCCCUUUGCAUCCUGCUCAUCCUCUGCAGCCCUUGCGGGAUGUUUGGAAAUGAGGAGAACAGGACAGCUGGGGAGGGACAGAGGGGCUGGAGCCACACAGCCCCAGCCCAGAGGUUUCAAGGACCACAUCAGCACAUGCCCAGAGUUAUUGUCACCUCACCAGUCCCAUCCCGUACAAAAUGCACCUGAUGGGGUUCACACAACUGAUAUUCCCACCCUGAGGGGGAAUAAAAAGUCACAGGCCUCUCCUUGUGGAUGAACACACCCUGCAAGUCACCAGAAUCCCGGGGGGAAUUGGAUCACCUGUCCCACGUGUCCCUUCCUUUCGUGGCUUGGUGCCACCACUGGAGGGUGGGGAUGGCCUGAGGUGCCAGCCUGGGCACUGGGUGGCACCGAGGGCUCUGAGCUGGUGCCAGAGGGCUCGGGGUGGGCUGAAGGAGCAGGAGCCCCUUCUCCUUGCUGCCAGGCCCCGUCCCUGCCCGUCCCCUGUGCCGGGAGGGGCCGGGAGGGUCCAGGCGGGGCGGGCAGGUCCCGCAGCUGGGAAUGAGCAGAAUGAACGUGUUUGCCAAAGAACCGCGGGGUGAUGCGCCCGGGACGUGCUGAAGAGUGACAGGGGACAUUUGCCCGUCACAGGAGGGACUCGGCGUUCCCGGAGGCCCCGCUGUGGGAGCGGUCCCUGCUGGGAACACAGCCGGGAUGAGGGGUGGGGACAUGGGGAUGUAGAUGGGGCUGGCACCCCGAGCCCACCCUGUGAUUGCACCGAGGAGCCCCCACACCCCACUCUACCCUUCGUGUGCUGCUUUUCCCCAGCACCACAGGUAAAUAGGGACUUUCCUUACCCGGCAGAGGAGGUUUUCCAGGCGCCCUUCCCGGGCGUUCCGGGGCUGUGACCCGUCUCGUGCCCCGGGGUUGUGGCAUGGCUGUGAUGUCCUGUGCACUCUGCAGUUCCCGUGUUGGUGUAUUUGCUGUAUUAAACGUGUCUCUGCCCUUC